AUGUCCCUUCCUGUCUCUCAGGACUCUGUGUCUGCGUCGUCAAUCGACAAAAUUACCUCCUACCACGAGAGCAAGAUGGUUCCUCCAAGCACUCCCGAAACUAUUCCUCCCCAGCUGCCUCCUCCCGAGGAAAAGGUGCUGGCUUGGACAAAAGUCCGCUCCCUCUGGCAAGAUGCCUUUUCCGAAUUCCUCGGCACCAUGAUUCUCAUCAUCUUUGGUGAUGGUGUCGUUGCCCAGGUCGUUUUGAGUAAAGAAACAAAGGGAAACUACCAAAGUAUUUCAUGGGGCUGGGGCAUCGGUGUCAUGUUUGGUGUCUACGUUGGCGGCAAAUCUGGCGGACAUAUCAACCCGGCAGUUACACUGGCCAACUGUGUCUUCCGUGGCCACCCCUGGCGCAAAUUCCCCGUCUACGCCCUUGCCCAGCUUCUCGGUGCCAUGGCCGGCGCUGCCAUCAUUUAUGGCAAUUACAAGUCGGCCAUUGACAACUUCGAAGGCGGUCCCGGCAUCCGAACCGUCAGCGGCCCGAAUGCUACGGCCGGUGUCUUUUGCACAUAUCCCGCCGCCUUCAUGACCCGUACCGGCAUGUUCUUCUCCGAAUUCCUCGCCAGCUCUGUUCUUCAGUUUGUCAUUUUCGCCCUCGUUGACGACGACAACAUUGGCGCUGGCAAGAUGCUGCCAUUGGCUCUCUUCUUCCUCAUCUUUGGCAUCGGUGCUUGCUUGGGUUGGGAGACUGGUUAUGCCAUCAGCUUGGCCCGCGAUUUUGGCCCUCGUCUUAUUACCUACUUUGUUGGCUACGGUACCGAAGUCUUUUCUGCCGGUGGCUACUAUUUCUGGAUUCCCAUCGUUGCCCCCUUCCUGGGCACCCUGUUUGGCGGUUUCCUUUACGACGUUUUUAUUUAUACCGGCCCGAGCCCCGUCAACUCGCCCUGGUUUGGCCUCAAGAGGCUAACUCAGCCCCGCCGCGAUGUCUGGUCCAACACGUACCGAAAGUCGCUCGAGGGCAAAGUUUGA